AUGCCCCGGUCCAAGCGUGACCGCGUCGUCGCCCUCACCCAGACGAGCAAGAAGGGCAAGGAGGCAAAGGCCAAGCUCAUCGACGAGGUCCGCCAACAGGCCGACAACCACAAGUUCCUCUGGGUCUUCGAGGUCGAGCACAUGCGCAACAACCUCCUCCAGGAGGUCCGCAAGGCCUGGAAGGGCUCGAGGAUCUUCCUCGGCCGCAACGCCGUCAUGCGCAAGGGCCUCGGCGCGACCCCGGAGGACGAGUGCCGCCUCGGCGUCCACAAGGUGGCCAACAUGCUCGAGGGCAGCCGCGGCCUCCUGUUCACCGACGAGACGCCCGACGUCGUCUCCGAGUGGUUCGCCUCGUUCCACAAGGCCGAUUUCGCGCGCACGGGCAACAAGGCGACCGAGACGUUCUCUCUCCCCGUCGGCCCCGUCUUGAUCAACGACGAGCCGGCGGCGCACUCGCUCGAGCCCCAGCUGCGCAAGCUCGGCCUCUCGACGAGCCUCUUGCGCGGCGUGCCGACCCUCACGGCCCCUCACACGGUCUGCAACGAGGGCGACACGCUCAACCCGAAUCAGGUCAACCUCCUCAAGCUGUUUGGCAAGACGUACGCGACCGUGCGU